AUGAGCGUUAGUGCUGUUACUGCUCGUCCAAUACGAAAAUUUCCGCCGAAUCAAUGGACCAAAGCGAGCAAUUUAAUACACGGACGUUAUUGGCAUACAGCAACUCUGUUACCGUCCGGAAAAAUACUCAUUGCUGGAGGUUAUGAUUAUAAUGCUGGUGCUGCUCUAAGUAGUUGUGAACUGUUUGAUCUAUCUACAAAUAGUUCGAGCACGACUGGCAGUUUAUCGAUAGGACGUUAUUUACAUACAGCAACUCUUUUAAAAUCUGGAGAAGUUCUUGUUUGUGGAGGUAAUUAUCUUAAUACUGGUACUGGUGGUAACUUACUAUCAAGUUGUGAACGCUAUAAUCCAUCAAAAAAGAGUUGGAAAACUACUGGUAGUCUAUCAAUAGGGCGAGAUUCCCAUACGGCAACUCUUUUACAGUCAGGAAAAGUCCUUAUUUGCGGAGGUACUGAGGGUAAUGGUGGUGCUGGUAUCACACUAUCUAGUUGUGAAUUAUACGAUCCUUCCCAUCCAGUUCUUUGGAGCUAUGCUGGUAUGCUAUCAGUAGCACGUUUUGGUCAUACAGCAACUCUGUUAACAUCAGGAAACGUACUUAUUUGUGGAGGUUUUUUUACUGUUGCUAAUGGUCUAUCCAGUUGCGAUCUAUAUAACGAACCUACAAAUAGUUGGAGCAAAACAGGUAGCCUGUCACGAGGACGUUAUGAUCAUACAGCGACUCUUUUACAAUCAGGUCAAGUACUUGUUUCUGGAGGUGCUUAUGAUAUAUCCAUUUGUGAACUAUAUGAUCCAUCCGCAAAGACUUGGAGCACGACUGGUAGUCUAUCAAGAGGACGUUCUGAGCAUUUAGCAAAUCUCUUGCCAUCAGGAAAAGUAUUAGUUACUGGAGGUGUUUAUAAUGGAGGUGCUUCUGUUCUAUCUAGUUGCGAAUUAUAUAAUCCAUCCACAAAGAGUUGGAGCACGACUGGUAGCAUGUCAGCAGGACGCAGAUAUCAUACUGCGACCCUCCUUAAUUCUGGUCAAGUAUUAGUUGAUGGAGGUUAUUUUAAUGGUGUUGAGUUGGCGAGCUCUGAACUUUAUACUCCAUAG